GCCGACCCACCAGCCACUCCACGAGCUGCCGUGGUUAAAGCUGUCACGUGCCAACGGCGGGGUCAAGAGAAACAACGUUCACCGUAAAAUAAAUCUGGACAAACUGAGAAGUUACAUCAAGGACAUCCGCCACGGACCCUCUGUCCACGUGCCCCGCCAGGGUCUGUACACCCCGAAGCUGGACGCCGCCAACCAGACACUGAGGGCGCCAGAUGCCGCUGCAGUUCUACCCAAUGCAGUGGAGCGCUACGGCUCCCCUUACACGUCCAUCAAUGGCGUCAGCACAGUCUUCACGCGCUAUUGGCCAGCAGUACUGGGUGUCAGCAUUGGCACAAUGUUCCUGCUCACUGCUCUCAUCACCUCCAUAUUGUGCCGACAACGCAGGUGAGUAAUUUAAAAUUACGUAUGGUUUUCGAUUUAUCUUAGACCAGAGGAUUCCAGCGGUCUAGUUAUACAAGUUAUAAAUACACAUGGAUACGUUUGAGACCGAACAGCUUGGCUGUUGAAACGCUCACAUCAUCGACAUGUGGAUAAAGUGCUUUUCAUUAUAAGAAAAUCACUCACUCUCUCUCUUGUUAUUCUUCGUCAAACUUACUCCGUUUUUUUAAUUCCCUAUAAUUACUAUAAUACAUUUCCUCGGUUUUAUUUUGACUAAUUUGACUCACCUCUACUUCAGACUGAUGGUUCAACGAGCCAGUUGGUCAGACUCCCCUCAAUACCUGAGUGAACCCCCGGACCCGAGUGAGUACGCCACCUCUUCAGCUGCCUCUCUCUCCAGUGAUUUGACCCGAUCUUCAGUGAAUCUCGUAGGUCGCCAUAGUUAGCCUAUCCCCCACGUGCGCUGGUGUCAAGUAUAAACUGCGGGCUACGUUUACCAGGAAUAGUGCACGGUUUACCAAGAAUGAUGCAUGCCAACAUGAUACAAUAAAACUCUAUUACAGCGAGCCAGGCUU